UUCAAUCAGAUAAACAACACAUAUCAAACAGUUUCUCCAAGAUUCCUUGUAUUGUACAACUUCAUAGGAAAAUUUCCAUUUAUAUCAAUUUACAUGCAGUGAUACAGGUGUAAUGGAAUUUUUCCCAUUCAUUAUAAAAUGCCACCGGUGCUGAACUGGAAUGCCGGAGGUGAUAGUAUAUUAUUGUUUUGCCACCACCAAACCCACACACACAUACACCUUCGGGCAAGUGGUUUUGUUGGUGACCUUUUCUCGAUACUUGCGCUUUUCCUAUCACUUUUCUCGCAUUUUCCACACAUUCAGCCAAGCUCUUCAGCUUGCUCUGAAAGGAAAAUAAAGCGAACAAUUUUGCUGCUGCAUGCAGCCUAGGGCAAUUGUAUUUACUGGCCGUUUCUUUGAGGGAGUUUGUUUUCCAUGCUGGUGGGAGGAUUAAAUAUUUAGAAUAUGUGUCUGUUGUUUUGGGAAUGUAUAGCGGGCGAUAAGAAGGCAAAAAAAGCACAGUGAUAUUAUAUGGUUUCCCUUUUUCUCCAGACGGUAAAGAGAGUAAGAGAGUUUUUAUCGCAAAAGUGACAUGCGUCCCAUCCCCCAUCCAUCCCUUUCCCUGCUGCUUGAUCAUUCCGGAGCUCCGAAUUGGGGAAAGGUGAGAAAAGAAAAAUCCGACGCUGAGAAUGAGCGUGAGCAACGUGAAACGGUACAGGGUGAGCAUAUGGUAUGUAGGUGCGUAUCGGCGUUGAGAAAGCCGUGAGCUUUCCUUCGCAGAGGUUCCACUUCUCAUUACGUUUUCACGCGUUGCCGAGUGCACUACGGGGAAGAAACAGCCUUCGACGGCUUGUAACAAUCGGACAAAACGACGAACGAUGACGACAACGACUACAGCGAACGCGACCGAAACUGGAAAAGGAAAAUAACGCUAGUUAAAGCUACAACACAGCCGUGUUACGUGCUCGCGCGGAUCCGCUUGCCAAUAUAUACUUAUCGGCCGACCUUCUCGUAACCAAAAAACCGGACCCCUUGCUAACCUCCCCACCCACCCCCUACCAGUGUUUCACCCUUCACCCCUUGGUGGAGUGGCAAAGCAAUCCGGUGUGUGUGUGUCUGUGUUUGGUUUGCUCAUAUGUGAAGUUGAAAGUUUUCCGGCACGUUGCGUUUUCGGCUUUUCGUACCAAGCUUGAGGGGGCUAAUUUUCCGUCACCCCCAAAAAAAAACGGUGCGCGUGCGAUUGGCGGUGAACCUGCCGGAUUGUGUCAUUGGUGUUCUGAAUUGUUUCCAAUUCCAAUCAAUAAAGUAAACGCUGGUUGGAAAACUGACUCGCGGACCGAGGUGGUUGACAACCAUCACCGAGAUUUAGUGGCUUGUUUAGUAGGCGAAGAAAACAAAGUCCCCCCCCGCCGUAAGGGGACAGUGAAGUAACGAAAAUUUUUAAUGUUGCAAUCGAAGCAACCUCAGUGUGUGAGAAAAAAGUGUUUACAACAAAUAUCUUUUGUAUUUUAUGAAAGAUGAUUCAACAGCACAAAACAUACCGCAAGUGAGACGACGACGAUAGCGCUACAUAGUCUAGUUCCGGUGGGAAAUAUAAUUUCUUUCGGAAUCAUAACGGCAAAAGACGUCACAAACGAAACGUCGGUGCCAUUCCAGAGGACUCUGAGCGUUUGACAGUGUUCUCUCGGUGCUGAUAAGUUCCGAAACGGAAGCUAUCAAACCUGCAACUAACGACUAACGACAAAUCGACGACUUAAAGCAACAACAAACAAAAAAAGCGAAAAAGAUAUUAAUACGUACGAGUCAGGAAAAAAAGGAAGAUAUAUUUACGACCCUAGUGCAAUUUUACGUGAAGCGGCAGAUUUACAAAAAGAGGCCGCCAUACUCGUAAUAAGGUGUAAACUAACCGUGCAAAAGGUGUAAAGCAAGGAAGCGAAAUUUUGAGCGAAAUUGAUCGAGUUAUACCUAGUGAAAGUGCAAAAGCAGUGAUCGAAAGCGAAAAGUUAAUUGAAUUUAACGUAUAAAAUCGAUCGCUCGCUGUUGUUUCUCUCCCUCACUGGUUCGUGUGUGGCGUAAUCGGCUCUGGUUGUGUGAAAGUGAGUGUAGAGGAUCGUGUCCUUCACUUUAGGGGUGAAGUGUCUGUUGAACCGUUUCCACGACGGAUCAAUCGGUGGCGGAAGGAGCAAUUCAGCCGAACCGUAAAAGGAUACCGUAUCGACAGCGGGAAGAUAACGGCGACAGUACGGAACAGCAGGAGGAGAACGUUUUUUAUAACCAUUUACCAGCAGAUCAAAACAUGAAAAUGGUGUUGUCACAACGGCAGCGCGAGGAGCUUAACCAAGCGAUUGCCGAUUACCUGGGAAGCAAUGGAUACACAGACGCCUUGGAAGCCUUCCGGAAGGAGGCGGACAUGCCGAACGAGAUAGAGCGCAAGUACGGUGGGCUGCUGGAGAAAAAGUGGACCUCCGUCAUCCGGCUGCAAAAGAAAGUGAUGGAGCUGGAAGCGAAGCUGUCCGAGGCGGAGAAGGAGGUGAUCGAGGGCGCACCGACGAAAGCAAAACGUACGCCAAGCGAUUGGAUACCGCGCCCGCCGGAAAAGUUCGCACUCGCCGGACAUCGGGCCACGGUAACGCGGGUUGUGUUCCAUCCCGUCUUCAGCAUGAUGGUAUCGGCAUCGGAGGACGCCACGAUCAAGGUGUGGGACUUCGAAACGGGUGAAUAUGAACGUACGCUCAAGGGUCAUACGGACUCGGUACAGGAUCUGGCAUUCGAUUCACAAGGGAAGCUGCUCGCCUCCUGUAGCUCGGAUCUGUCGAUCAAACUGUGGGAUUUCCAGCAGACAUACGAGUGCGUCAAGACAAUGCACGGUCACGAUCACAAUGUGUCAUCGGUUUCGUUCGUGCCGGCGGGCGAUUUCCUUCUUUCAGCAUCACGUGACAAAACGAUCAAGAUGUGGGAGGUGGCCAGUGGCUACUGCGUCAAGACGUUCACGGGACACCGGGAAUGGGUACGCAUGGUACGGGUGAACGUCGAUGGAUCGCUGAUGGCCUCCUGCUCGAAUGAUCACUCGGUUCGGGUUUGGCAGACAAACUCCAAGGAAUGCAAAGCUGAGCUGCGGGAGCACGAGAAUACUGUAGAAUGCAUUGCCUGGGCACCGGAAUCGGCAGCAGCGGCUAUAAACGAGGCAGCCGGAGCAGACAACAAGAAAGGUGCACAUCAAGGUCCAUUCCUGGCAUCGGGAUCACGAGACAAAACGAUCAGGAUUUGGGACGUCAGCUCCGGGCUGUGCCUGUUUACGCUGGCCGGCCACGACAAUUGGGUGCGUGGUAUCGUGUUUCACCCCGGUGGCAAAUACAUGAUUUCCGCUAGCGACGACAAAACGCUACGCAUUUGGGAUCUACGCAACAAGCGUUGCAUGAAAACGCUCUACGCGCACUCACAUUUCUGUACAUCUUUGGAUAUGCAUAAGUCUCAUCCUUACGUCAUAUCCGGCAGCGUGGACACGACGGUUAAAGUUUGGGAGUGUCGCUAAGUCAAAUCCCAGGGCUCCCCCCCAACUAUCCAUACACUCUCCUGUACGCCACCACCAUGUUGGCAGCUUGUUUUUUGGGUCCGUUUCGACUCAUUGGCGCUUUUUUUAUGUUCGCUCUUCGACAAAGCAAAGCAAAUUAAACAGCCAUCACACAUACGCGGACGGUGGAUUAUAGGAUGUUUGCCGUAUACAAAGCCGCGGACUGCAACAUACAGCAUCAUCAUUGUCGUUGCUACUUUUUCCUUUUCGAGCGGAUUAUUAUGGAUGCGUAUGCAAUGGUUCGUAUUUCUUCAUAUUUGUCCUCUGAUGCAGCUGGUGUCAAAUUAUUGCGAUGAAGAGACAAACAAAAACCAAGAAGGAGAGGGAGCAGACAAGAGAGCGUGAUUGAAAAGAAGUUUUAGUUCGUUAUUAGUGAACGGUUUGUUUUAUUUUACUCAUUUACUCGAUCCAAUGAAUAAUAGCAGGCGAUACGAUAAUACUAAUAACGCUCGUUAGCAAAACCCUUUACAUAGAAGCGGCAUUCAACUCCUCCUGUAGGCUAUAGUGAGCUUCUUUUCCCAUUCUGUUUCAGAGUUCAUUCAGAAUUCGUACACAAGAAAAGUAAUAUUAAAAUUGCUAAAGCAAAUAAUACACUCGUAGAUGAUACACACGACACCACAUCCAAAUAAAAUGCAAAACCACAAUUCAUUACAAAAUAAUUAUUAGAGCAAAAUACACAUUUCUAGAAAUGGAAAGUCAUUAACGAACGAAAAAGGAAUGGGAAUAUUGUCAUUGCAAUGAAGGUUUUAUCCCGAAAAACCCAGUAAAUGAGCACAUAGAGUGAAGGGUUUGAUUAAACAAAGGGCAGAAUUAACAAAGUCAAUGCUUAAAGCGAUGAGAAGAUGUCAACUUAUUCACAUGGAACAGAGGCAAAUGGCAAUGGAGUAGCAGGAAAGAUACAGAGGAGGUAAUUGGCAAGCAUUAGCAAACAGUGCAAGGAAUUAUAUGUGAAGGAAAAUAUUAUUAUUAACAAUAUACUUACGAUUUAAUGGUCUGGUUGGAGAAUAAUCGAACGCAAAAUUGGGACAUAGGUAAGCGUCGAGGAGUGUCGAUUGCGCAGACGGUUUGAAGCGCAGACAAACGUGCAAACGGAUUAAUGGUAGUUCGACGUUGAUGUAAGGCGCAGCAGCGUAUGCAACAGCACGCUAAGUCAAAUUGGAAUAAGUGCCACCUCACAGUAGGGCCCGUCCGAUCAGAGGGUCGCACGAAAACACAAGCCGAAAAGCCGACCGCGCAUCCAUGCUUCCUUGUCAUUUCUUCUCCAACUGCUCCGGAGUUGUAUCUCGUCGCGUUACAAAUGGAACUGUUUUUGGGGGAUUAACUCCUGAUGAAAUGCUAAUGUGCUUUCCAGCUUUGUCCAAAUCGCUGCAAUAAUCGCUUCAGUGCUCUUUAUCUUCGAGGGUUGAAACGAUCACUUUACUAAGGUGAUGCCUGUUUUAGUGGCUAACAACACUGUUUUCACUUCAACACAACACCUGUAGCGUGUUGAACAGAUUGUUAAUACAUUUCUUCUGUGCGCUUGUCUCUCGCCAACGGGUUAACGAGUGUUAAUCCUAACAAUAGAUGCAGAUUAAAGUAUAUUUGCAAGCCUCAACUUUUAAUUGCAGAUACUUACCCUUACUGAAUAUUGUUCUACAAUUGUGCAUCAGAAUAAUAAGAAAAAGGCUUCUUUCGUACGAAAAGAAACCGAAUGCAUAUAAACAUGUGGGUGUUUUAUUUCGCUUCUGUUUCGAUUCAGUUUUUUGGUUACUUGUUCUGCCAUUUCACGUUCAGUUUUACUGCCAUCAUCCGAACUGAUCGAAACAUUGUUGGACUCGGGAAAAGAAAGGAAAAAUUGAAGUUCAAUACCUUGACACCGUCACGUGCCGGGUAUUUGUUACAGUCGUUUGUGAUUCUGUAAAAUUGGCUUUGUUUUGUCGAAAGCUGUUUGUACAUAGUGCGAAUAGGAAAGUUGGAUAAGAUUGUUUUAGAAUGAGCUAUACAGAUCAUGCUCCAGUCGGGUUAGUAGUUUUAGAGCGUGUUUUACACGCACUGUCCUCUGUAGAACCAGUAAAGACGAAGGGUUUUCACGAAACCUUUGUUUUGAUCGAUGGGAAACUUACACGGUUACUAUUUUAUGUACACAGUCCAUAUUGUAAAUAUUGUUAAAGCACACGCGUAAAUACGCAGAAACCUGCUUGCGCACCAGCUACGUCGCAUUACCUUAAAAGGGUGAAAUGGAUCAUUGGAGAUAGAGGCAGAAAUGCCGAGAUGUUGGUACAUUUUCCUUUUAAAGAUGUCCAAUUAAUCGUGGUAGUGUCGUGUGUGUGGCCGGUGUGACAAACAAUGAUGAUCAACUUGAGCAGGCAAACUGGAGUUAGAAAGUGACGGAAAGCAAUGUGUGUGGCGUGUUGGUAAUGGUAGAAGUACGUGGAAAUGAAAACAAAAUCAACCUAUGUAACUUCAACCGUUGCAAAAAGAAACGAUAACGGCUUUGCUCUAGAAGAUCAACGAAUCGUCGGCAUCAGCAGGAGAAAUGUAAUGCGGAAAAGCGUGAGAGUGUGCGACUUGUUUCAUACUAUUUAAAUUAUUAAAUCUAUUUCUAAUGCCCUCAAUAUAGCAAUGGAAAGCGUAAAACAAAACAUCAAAACGCGCGUUUCAGUGAGAUAAGAAAAUUGCAAGGGAUUGCUGCAAACGAAGAAACAUAAUUACAACUGCUAAUACUACUAUUAUUAUGAUUACCUAUUAUAAUUGCUACGAAUAUGGCUACGCGUUGCAAACUACUUCUAGAUGGCAACGGCAACAAUAUAGUGUUAAACGCAUUCUAAAACAAAAACGAAACCCUUGACGGAACUGUGUGUGGCUGGAUAUACGGUGUUACUGGCGGGGCAUAAAGUAUGGUCAAUGAAUGAAGAAUGCUUACCCACGCUCAAUAUCAGCAUUGCGGAAGAACAUAACACCGGUACCGAAAACGAAAUGGUCCCUAGCCGCCGUAUCGGAUUAAAAGAAAAAUUGCGAGAUACAUUUACGUGUGAAAUGAAUGUGUUCCAUCAAAACAAAAAAGGAAGCAUGCAUGCAUGAUGAUGAUAAGGAUAGGAACUCGUCGAUGCUCCGAUUGCUCGCUUCCGCGUGGGCAACAGGAGCGUGAUUUGAUUUUAUUUCCUUCAUGGUAAAUAAAAUUUAAAUCUACUACGACGAAAUGAGACCGGGACAAUGUGAGGACGGUUAGCGACGGAAUGGUCACUAUGUGCCCGCAGGGCAAGUCAAGGGCUACGCAGUUCUGUAAUAAUAUUCUUAAAGAAGGUAUAAAAACAACAACAGCAAAAGCUAAACCUAUGCGAUAUGGAAGUGAACGAAACGGGAUUAUAAUUUUGAAGAAACAAAAAUAUAUAUUAUGGAAAACAUUGACAGUGAACCACGAGAAGAGAGUGCAAAUAUAUUUAAAGUUUUAUUAUUC